AUGGCCGUAGAGAUGGAGCCCUCUGAUGUGAUCCGCCUUAUAAUGCAGUACCUCAAAGAGAACAACCUCCAUCGAACUCUGAACACGUUACAAGAAGAAACUACGGUGUCUCUAAACACAGUGGUCAGCAUUGACAGCUUUGUGGCCGACAUAAACAGUGGCCACUGGGACUCGGUUCUGCUUGCCAUUGAAUCUCUCAAACUGCCAGACAACACUCUCAUUGAUCUGUAUGAGCAGGUUGUGAUGGAGUUGAUUGAGAUGAGAGAAAUUGGGGCUGCCCGCUCGCUCCUCAAACAGACCGACCCCAUGAUUAUGCUCAAACAAACACAACCAGACAGAUACAAACAUUUGGAAAGCCUCCUAACGUGCACCUACUUUGACCCCAGAGAGGCCUAUCCAAAGGGAUGCAGCAAGGAGAAGCGGAGGAGAGCGAUUGCUGAGGCUAUGGUGAAGGAGGUGUGUGUGGUGCCUCCGUCACGCCUGAUUGGAUUGCUCGAACAAGUUGGUACUCAGAGGGUCCGCCACUACCAGGGACAUCUCUCUCCAGACAUGGGCUUUCACUCACCUAACAAUGAUCCAGUGGAAGAGGAGAGCUACCCAACACAAUUGUACCGGCACAUCAAAUUUGGGAGGAGGUCUCAUGUAGAAUGUGCCCGCUUCUCCCCGGAUGGCAAAUAUCUGGUCACAGGAUCAGUGGAUGGCUUUGUAGAAGUUUGGAACUACAUCACAGCGAAUAUUAGCAAAGACCUGAAAUACCAAGCACAAGACAGUUUCAUGAUGAUGGAUGAAGCAGUACUGUGCAUGUGCUUCAGUCCAGAUGGAGACAUACUGGCCACAGGAGCCCAGAAUGGAAAGAUCAAGAUUUGGAAGAUGCUGAGUGGUUUGUGUGUGCGGAGAUUUGAACAUGCGCACAGCAAAGGUGUCACUUGUUUGAGUUUUUCCAAGGACAGCAACCACAUCCUCAGUGCCUCAUUUGACCAGAGCAUCAGAAUCCAUGAGCUGAGGUCAGGAAAGACGCUGAAGGAGUUGACCGGACACACUUCCUUUGUUAACGAUGCAUGUUUCACACAAGAUGGAUUUCACAUCAUCAGUGCUUCAUCAGAUGGCACUGUCAAGGUCUGGAAUACAAAAACAUCUGAUUGCGUCCACACAUAUAAAUCCUUGACGUCUGAAGUCCCGAUCAACAAUGUGAUUCCUCUGCCGCAAAAGCCGGACGAGUUUGUGGUCUGCAAUCACUCCAACACCGUCGUCAUCAUGAACCUGCGCGGCCAAACGAUCAAAAGUUUCAGUGCGAGCAGAAAGGAAAGCACAGGGUUUGUCUGCUGCGCGGUGUCGCCUCGUGGAGAGUGGAUCUAUUGUGUGGGAGAAGACAUGGUGCUGUACUGCUUCAGCUACACCUCUGGACGCCUGGAGAAAACUCUGACCGUGCAUGAGAAGGAUGUAAUUGGCAUCGCUCACCACCCACACGACAGUCUGAUUGCUACAUUUAGUGAGGACGGCCUCCUAAGGCUGUGGAAACCUUGA